GCUUGCGCUCUGCGUAGUUCGCGAAUUUGGUGCUUAAAAAUUUAGCCAAACCUGCGCGAUCAAUAACAAUCGAGCUCCGAGGUCACCGUCGAAUCAUUUGGGAACUGCAACAUUGUGUACUUGUGAUAUUGAAUAAAGAAAAAUUGUUUAAAAUGGAUACUUCAGGAGCUUAUGGUGGUGGGAAAGCAGGAGGAGCAUUUGAUCCUCAGGCAUUUGCUCAGAGGCCUCAAGUUAUCGUCAGGGCGGUGUGUUGGUUGUUUAGCGUAAUAGUGAUGGGGUGCAUAUCGGCCAAGGGCUGGUACGUGAGCAAGGUGGACCAGCAGGAGUACUGCGUCUACAACGAUGACACCAACGCCUGCAACUACGGAGUGGGCAUCUCGGUCAUCGCCUUCGUGGCUGCCGUCGGGUUCAUCGCCGGCGAGUACAUCUUCGAUCAGAUGUCCUCUGUGAAGACGAGGAAGCAUUAUGUGCUGGCCGAUAUGGGAUUCUCAGCAUUCUGGGCGUUCCUGUACUUCGUCGGGUUCUGCUACCUGUCCAACGCGUGGGGCAAGACCGAGAGCCCCCCACCAGGCACCGCCAAUAACAUGCAGGGGGCCAUCGCCUUCUGUUUCUUCUCCAUCUUUGCUUGGGUGGCGUGUGCUUUCUUCGCGUUCCAAAGAUUCCGCAUGGGGGCCGAAGCGGCGUUUGCCCCCGCGUACGAAGUGGAGGGUGCCGUGGGGAGCCCCGGUAGCUUCCCCGCGUACCCGGGCGCCCAGGACUCGCAGCCCACCUACAGUGAGCCGCCCUUCUCGCACCAACAAACUGGUAACAUGGAUUACUCCGCCCCGACAUAUUAAACAAACCGACUUUGGCUUAUACACUGUUCACAAUUGUAUUUUUUUUUUUAUAUAUGCGUUUACCAAAGUUAAACUUAUUAUUGUGAGUCUCUGUGGAUCUCUGUGAACAGUAAAACUGUUCUUUUGUUUAUUUUUUAAUAUAUUUAUUAUUUUACUGUGCAAUAUUAUUUACAAAUGUAACUUAAUUUACUGUUUUUUAGUUGUAGGUGUAGUCAUCGGCAGUAUUUUUUUUAAUAUGUUUAUUAAUUGGUUGUUAAAUUAUUAGAUUAUAUUGCUUCACUGUGUAAACAGUGUAAAUGUAUGUACGACAAUAUAACCAAAACAAAUUACUGUAAUGUAAAUAAGAUAUAUUUUCGUGUUUCAUUUAGGAGUUUGCAAAAUGUUUUAACGAUUUGCUUAAUAACAAUUUGAAGUACAAACUGUGGGUAGUUGUAAAAAUAUUAAGAUACUGACAAACAGCAAUAGUCGCUUUAACAGGCGUAUAUCGUAUCCUAUUAAAAUGUUUAUGAUGUAAAAUUUCGAUAUAAAAAUCUCUGAAAACAUAGAUUAAGGCGUGUUCAUAUUGCAUUAACAAUGACAACGAUUUAAUGAGUAAGAACAACAGAUUCGUUCAAAAUUUUUAAUCAAUUAAAUCUUUGAAGAAACAAUACAAUUCCUAGUUAAAGUUGAUGUUAUUUAUAAGUAAAAGAAAUAGUAACCGAUAGCUAGCAAUGUAAACGCGACCUUAGCAUACAAAUCGGAAAACAAUUUCAAUGCUAGUAAUUGUAAUUUAAGAAAAAACUGUGUUAUGAUUUCAAGUUUCACUAUAUUUGGAGUAUUUGUAACCAAAGAUUUGAUAUCUGUGUGGAAGAACGUUUAAUUGAUAAAUGCUUAUUACAUUUAAGUACGCAUACACAUAUUGGUGUACAAGUGAUUAGGGACAAUCCAUAAAUUACGUCACUCGUUAAGGUGGACGAAGUGUGACAUUGUGUGACAAUGAGCGCGGAGAGGCCCCAAAUUUUGUGACAUCACAUUUUUUUUUUCAAAAUAUAAUAUUAAUAUAAUAACAGUAAGUAUUUAUAACACUAAUUUUAAAUUUACAUACCUACUAAAAUUGCAAAUAUAAUAUUUUUUUAAUGUAUUGUAAAUUUUCUUUCUUUUAUUUGAUCUAGAGUUAAUUUUAUCGAAAAAGAAUUGAAAUGGAAUUAACAAUAAUUUCGGAACGCUGCUAUUUCAAUUUCAUACUUUUCUAAAUGUGAAAUUGCGAAAUAUUAUGUGACAUCACACUAAGGGGGGUCUCACAAAUGUGACCAGCUGUGACAUGGACGGGGGAGGGGUCACAAAGAAAUUCGUGUGACGUAAUUUAUGGGAUGGAUAAUAUGUUAUUUCAGAGAUAUUGUGCUUAAAAUGUUCAUAAAUAUUAUUUUUGCGGUCGUUCGCUAAAUGACCGAAAUAUGUCCGCCGCAUUCGUAGUUGUAUUUACGCAAAGUUUAUAAUAUAAUAUGAUGCUUUAUAGUCGGAAAUUGAGUAUUAGUAUUUUAAUAUUAUAUCAGUAGAUAUAAGAAUGUUUCGUGUUGCAUAUCUUUGUAUAACUAUAGGCAAACUGUUCGUAAAUAGUAAUCGAAUGUAUUCAGCUAAAACUCCUAGGUACUAGAGUUAUAAAUGUGUUAUUAAUUCACGACAUAAUAAUACGAGUUGGGGAUCGUUCGUAGAUUAUCAUAACUAAAUAUAGACAAAUUUAUUCCAACGGUGUGCCCUUCAGGACGGCAACGCUCCUGUGAUUAAAAAAAUACAUGAAAGCCCUAAAAAAAGGCUUGGUAGCCUUUCUGAUUUAUUGAGGAAAAUUGUACAUUUAAAUUUCAAUAUGUACGCCUUUCGAUUGAUUUUAAAUGCGACACAACUGCUGUUUACAUUGAUAAUUAAGUCACAUGUAAUGCCUUAAACAAGGAUUUAUUUAAAUAUACUUGUUUUUUUUUUUUUAAACUGCUAAAAUUUAAAUUAUAUAAUUCCAGUCGCAUCAAAACAAUUACUACAAUGAAAGAACUAGUGUGUUUAAAUAAAAAAUGACGAAAUUAUAGCAGUUUUAGUGCCGCAUUCUCAGAAAUGCUAAAAUAUGAUCAAUGACGGCUUUGAUGACGUCAUCGGGUGGGCCGGCUUGCAUUUUCAAACACUUUUAUCUACUUUGUCAUUUCUUGGUGGACUUUUGUUGUUCAAAAUUUUGUCGUUUAUUUAUAUUUUAUGUGAUAUACAAAAAUGAUAUAUCCUUUUGUCGAAUGGAUCCUCAUAUCGCAUGCUAUAACUAUAAACACUACCUAACUCGUAAUUAUGGCGUAGAAUAUGUUUAGGUAUAUCCCAGGUCUUGUCUUGUGAGGUUGGUGUAAUAAAUAAUCAAGCAGAAGUAUUUGAGACAGAUUAGUCUAUGAAGAUGGGUCUAUCAUAGGUCUUAUGAUUGAACCUUACAAUUACCGAGUUGUGAGGGUGUUCUUUUCAAGAUGAUUGCAAAACUGAAGUGGCUGAACUGGAGUAUACAGGAUGUAAUCUUUAAGUUACGACCUGGCGAUUAUACCGUAUCUGUAUUCAGAUAUCAAAAAACUUUGAACUGAUAUUGAAAGUACGUUACCUAAGCAGUAGAUUGACAAUAAUAAUUUAAAAAUUAAACGAAAAGUAACCUAAAUUUUGAUAUUAAACAAUUCCAUAUAUUUUGUAUGCGAUUAGUAAAAAGGUUAUCACUUCGUGAACAUGGACAUCAAUUCGAAUACAAAAUUUUGUUUUAAUUAUUUAGUAUUAUUAAAGAGGUUUAUGACAAUGUUAGGUUUGUUAAAAGUUUCCUUUAAUAUCAGUACAAAGCUAAAAUAAUCUUUUAAAACAUGGAAGCUAAAACCUUUCUACUAAUCUCAUACUAAAUGUAUGGGAGUGUUUAAUAUUUAAAGGUUAGAUAAUUCUCGUUUGAUUUUUAAAAAGUUUUUAAUGUCAUUUUAUUGAUUAGGUAACGUACAUUCGAUAUCAGUUUAAUUUUUUUUUUUUUGGAUAUUUGUAAUAGUUAUGAAAUAGUCGCCUGAACACACUUAACGAUUACAUCCUGUAUAAAAUGUUGCCGCUAUUGCGUGUAGCCCGCGCUCUACCGUAACUAAGACGUAAGUUCAUAAUUCAUGAUACAUUACCGAUUUUAAUUGCAGUGCUGUAAGGCUUGUAUAUCAAAUCGCGCAACGUAUAUUCAUCUGUACGACACAUUCACUCGUCACUCGAUUCGUGGUGGAUCUUUUUUGAGAUAAUAAAGUGGAACUUGUGUGAGUAAUGUUUAAUUUUUAAAAUAUAUUUCAACUUCGCUAAUCUUUCUAUUUUUUUAUGUAAAUCGUAUAGUAUCUGUUAUCUUUCACUUCCGUAGCUUGCACUUGUUGUGUAGGUUAGCAAUAAUUAAUUAAUGUUUAAGUUUUAACGGGAGUCUCGUGGCUAUAUUAUCAGGCAAUAUUAAGCUUAUUUUUGUCGUGUAUGUGUCUAGGCUUAAGAAUCACAUGUUAAACCUUUGAACUAGAAUCGAAAUAGUCUAUAUAUUUAGCUGUUUUAAUUGUAAUUGUAACAGUACAAUAAGUAAGGUAAAUAAUGAUAUUUAUUUAUUAUAAGUACUUAUACAGUGCAGUGGUACAAUGGUGAUUUUAAAUAAAAACACGGUUAGACCUACUUAACAGUAGUCAUAAAAAAAGUGGAAAUAUAUAAAUAAUCUUAAAAAAAUAACAAUUUUCGAUAAUAUUUUUUCGGAACAUCCUGUAAGUAAUCUAGUUGCCUCGCGCUAGUGUAGGCACUGACACCUAACCCGUGCGUAUUUGAAGGGUGAUGGUAAUUUUGUUUCCUAAAUAUAUUAUGUGUUUGUUUGUAAAUUUCAUUUAUUUGCUUUAAAUUUUAGAUUGAUUUUCUUAUUAUUAAGGUACUUAACCUCAAGGUACUUCAUAUAAUGUCGCCAUAUACAGGGUGUAACCAGACAAUCUCCGAAUACGGAAUGGUUCCAUACAGCUAACUGAAUCAUAGUUGUUGGCAUUUUGGCAAGAAAGUUCUGAAGUUGCAGUAAAAAAAAAUCAAAGUUUAUUGUAAACUUCUUUCGCCAGCAUAGUAAUGAAGCGGACAGUACCUUCUUGUCAAUGUCAAUUGUAAGUUUCUGUUGCUGGGAAAUACAUUUCUACUUUUUAUUUUUUUUAUAAUUUGAUGGACUAUUAUAAGAGAUAAUUUGAUAGUUGUGAUUGAUAAAUAGACUGCAUUGCAUUUUUAUUGUAUAAAAAAAAUAAAAAAAAAAUGAACUGCAUCACAAUAAUUUUUCUUUUGUAAAUUUUCAGUUCCAAUAUUUUUAGAAUCAAGGUCCAAUUGCAACCUUCCGCUAUUAAGAAAUAGUUGCUUAACACCCUGUAUAGCGCCACGCUGUAUAUAUUGAGCGGUGUCAUUGAGAAGAGCACAGCGAUAGUCGUUGUGUGGGGGCGCAGUGCAAUAUUAAUGUAAGUGAAAGUUCAACAGUGCCGCACACCGCUCAAUAAUCAUAUAUUUGUAUUAGUAAUUAUGUCAAAAUUGCCGUGUAUAUGUUGUAAUUAUUUACAUUGCAGGGCGACCAUAUUACUUAACAUUUUUAACCGACUUCAAAAAGGAGGAGGUUCUCAAUUCGAUUGGUAUUACCGAUUACGCUGACAUUUAAGAUCCGAUUAACAUGAUUCUUCUUUAGUUUUAUGCGAAAUGUUUGUCAUUUGGUCCCAUAAAAGUACAUAUGGCCCAGUACUUUUCAUUUUAUGAAUAUUUUUGUUUACGUGGAUGAUGUCAUUAUAGUUUGUCUACGGUUUUUUUAAGAGUUUUCAUUUAGGUUGAUUGGAUAUUAUUAUUGUUAACCCGUGUCCCGAUUAGUGGGUCUAAGGUUACUGUCAUUCAUAGCUACCAAACGUUCUUCACGAUAUUUCAGUGUCUCACAAGAACGUGAAAUAGAGUUUCGAAUAGCAUUUUUUGGAGUCGAUCUCUUGUUCCGGUCCCUUGUCUUGGGAUCUAUCUUGUUAAAAGCGCGCGGCACCUCUCGUAGGCCUACACGUAGCUACUUAAAAAUUUUCUUUUUAAAAAUAACGUACCUGAUUGCCGACACUAAAAAAUAAAAAAAUAUUUAAUUAAAUUAAAUCAUUAUUAAGUUAUUUUAUACUUUUCAGUUUUUGAAGUUGGUUGUUUUAAACGUGCUUUUCUUAUUAAUUAAUACUAUUGAUAUAAUAAUAUUCUAUUGCUUUUUUAAUAAUAUAGAUAUAUUUACCUUAUAUAGGCAAGGCUGCCCAGAGAAGUAUGAAAUUUGGGCUUCAAGUUACUCGCGCUUUGUAUGCGUCUCUUAAUAACCCUGGGAUUGUAAUUGCUUUCGAUGGAUAUUUUAUGUAAGAACAGUAUGUAACUAAUCUUCAUUCAAUAAAAAUGUGAUUUAACCAUUGAUUAAGGAUUGGUCUCCGCUGCGUUUCAACAAAGAUACCACACUACCUAAGAACAGUAGCUUUUUUAUUGCGGCAACUGAUAUCUAAUAGUUCUGCUUCUGCAUACAAGCAUCUGCUUGUGUGCGUGGCAUCUUGACACUCAAUGGCAUCUAUCAAAUUUUGUAACAUACGCUUCGUGUUAUUUUACAUUGAUAUUAAUAAAAUUAUAAAAUAUAAAAUACAUGACAGAUGAUAUGUGAUCUUAGUGUGUUUCUUAUUUCUUGUAGUAUUAUUUUAACCAAGUUUUACAGUGCAACCCGGCAUUUUAGUUCAAUUAUUAGCAUGUGGCACGUAAACGUCACACAUUGUUCGAGACUGGUUCGAGUACGCCCGCUUGGGCGUAGUACUAGUUCCCGCACUUUGAGACUGCGCCUGACGUAUCUAGUUGGAGCGCAGCGGAGACCAAUACUUAAUCAAAGCCUUUAACAUUUGUUUUUAAUUGACUUUUGUAAACAUUUUUUCUUAUGACUAUAACAUUGGACUUUAUGUAAGGUUUCUACAUGAUUUAAAUGGGAAAAUAAAAAACAUGUUCUUUGUAGAGUUUAUCUAUGUUGUUCUUAUUGUAAUGUUCGCUAUUUAGUACUUAAACAACAAAGGUGUUCUGUUGGCAGUAAUUUCAAGGGGUGAAAUUUAUAAUACGCUCAUUUGAUUGAUUUCUGUGGUCUUGUGCUAAAAAGGUUUGCGACUGGAACUUUAUUAUGGAAAUGUCUUUACCAUUGAGAGCAAUUUUGUAUCUAAUGACGUCAGUAACAAACAGUUUCUCAUUUUCUAGUGUUAUUUUAUUUAAAAUCACUAUGUAAGAGCAAUAAUUGAUUAGCCCUUUUAGUGCAAGACCACAGAUUGCAUUAGUAAGGUUUCUGUAUGAUUAUCAUCAUCAUUAUAGCCUUCACAAAGGCCUCCCCCAAAUAUCAAUUUGGCUUAAACUAAGCGCUUUUAUGUCGUCACUAUAAAUAUUUCUUUUAAAUUACUGAAGCUACCAUAUGUUCGGAAAAAUUAGAGCUCGUGAGAAGAACAUACAACAAACUUAACGGCCACUCUUUUUAAUAAAUAGAGUAUUUUACAACGGCUGUAAUAUACAAAACAAAUACUUUGCAAGGUGUUACGUCCAAUAUAUGAAUCGUGUUUAAGGCGUUUUAAAGCCUCAUCUUAAAUUAUCCGGCAAUCUUGGCCUGGUCAUCGGUCCAUCUUUUGGGGGGCCUACCAUCACUGCGUACUGUUCUCUGUACUUAAUCAAUAUUGGUUGGGCGCAAUUUUGGAAUAAGCUAAUUUAAUUGUUAGAAAUUUCUGUAUUAAAUCUCAUAACUAUAUCUUUCGUAGAUAUUCCAUUCUGAUGAACAUUUGAUUUGAUAAUACAAUGAAAUGAUUGAUUUAUUUAGUGGAAGCAUUCACCCCUAGAAAUUACUGUCGGAUUGUUGAUUGCCUAUGUAAGAUUUGAUGUACGGUAAAUAUUAUACAGAGUGAAUGGUCAAACAAGUGAUUUAUGUAAAAUAAUGAUUCUCGGCUCAAAUCCUUUGCGGGCAAAUAUAUACUUGCAAUUUUAAGCUUGAUUCAAAUAAUAAUAAAAAAUUAAUUAUUUCACGAUCGCAAUUAUUUGAACUAACUUCAAAUUACAAUUACAUAUUGGAUUUUUGUGGAACAAUCUACCAUCCAUACAUAAAAUACGCCUCAGGCCCGAGAAGAACGGGCUCUAGAUACAAAUACGAAUUUGAAAAAAUAAUAAAGAAAAAUCUGAUUAACGGUUCAAAUACCUAUAGUAAAAAAUCUAGAUUUUAUGUGGUAGUCUCGUACAUAAGUAAUUAUGCUUCAGAGAAAUGCGGAGAGUAAUGGCGAUUGAACAGUCCUCUCAAGAGGUUUGGUUUGAUGGUCAUUGAACGCACAACGUUUCGGUAUGCGGCGUUGGACACAAUCGUAUCAAAAAUAUAUCUAGAAUGAUCUCUAGUUCCGUUGUAGUGGAAGGAGCGGGUACUAUGCACACUGCGGCUGCGUCACAGUACAAGAAAUAGGACAGUAGCGUAACUCAGUGGUCUCCUUGACGUUUAGACCUACGCCUGGGCGGAGCGCUAGGAUUUGUAAAAGAUUGACGACGCGGCACAAUUUAACUCGGACAGCGACCAGUUUCGGCCGCUUACGGCGUGGCACUCAAUAGAUUUAUUUCCCCAAGAUUGCUUAGCGGCCGUAUAUAUCCUAUGUAUGUGUGUGUGCGGCGGGCGCUCUAGUAUAAAGGUAAAGUACUGUUCUAUUACUGUAUUGUGACUGCGUGCUACUUCAUUAGCUUACUGUGUGUGCAAAUAUAUCAUUUGAUCAUAUUUUUUUUAAUAAAAUGCAAUUACUCUGUAUAUUAUAUAAAAAUUAAGCCAAAAAUAUAAAAAGUCCACUAGAUAAUGAGCAUUGCUGUGAAUUUUAUUAUAUUUUCAGUAGUAGGUACUAUAAAUUCUUCGUAUUCCUCAUCAAGCCAAGCACAAUCUUCAAUAAUAUUGUUUAUGUUAAUAUGACUUAUGAUGAGUGUAGCUGCGGCCAAAUCUGCUGGCCACUUCUCCGCAAAGACAGCAACGAUGCUUCAUGAGUUAGUUCGUUCGUUUUUUUUUUAUUUAAGUAUGUCUAAAAACCUUCUCAAUGUUGGUAGACCAACUGAUAUUCCAGUGAAGUCGGGUGCACGCCAAAGCCGAGUUAUUACUAGUUAUCGCAGUUUUGAUCCUAACUAAGACAGAAAAGUUUGGCAUUUGGCGAGUUAGUAAAAUUUUAGGUAAAAACCUUAUGGUUUUGUUACCAUAAAACAAUAAGUUCCAUGUACGGACGUUCGGGCCACACGCCGAGCGAGUACUGUAUCCGUACUAAGCGUCAGAUUUUAGCGUUACACGACAGCGUCAGAUUUAUUACCGUUACACAAUAUAUAUACGUAUACAGUGUGGCAACUGCAACGCGCUCUCCACCUCAGUGUAGCUUUCUGUCUCCCUUUCACUCAUGCCAGUGUACGUGGAUGGCGUGCCUUUCUCUACUCAAUGCACGCACGCCAGUCACUUUUGGAAUUUGAACCGCGUAAAUUCUUUUUUUUUAAGCUUAGUUCCUAUGCGUCCCUAGGCGGAAUUUUUAAUUUUAAAGAAGGAACUAUUCCCAAUGUACCACUAUUAUCACAUGUCACUUGCUUUUCUGUUCACUCUGAUCGUAAUAUUUUUGUGAGUAGGCAUAUUUAGCGCAACUCGUGACUAUUCUCUAUAUUAAACAAUAAAGAGUUCAGGUAGGCAUAUUAUACUCAAAUUAUAUGUGGAAAACUUAUAUGUAUGUAUUUAUUUAAUAGUUACUGUGUCAGAUAUAAAAUAUAAUUUAGAAUUAUG